GGCGGCGAUAGCGGAGAGCGCACGGCGCCCAUUCAUGAUCCAGCGAACGGGGCCGGUGGCCAGUAAAGCGGGACCGGUGCCCUGUAAGGCGGCGCCGGUACUGCCGUUAUGGAGACAUCGGGGCAUCUCCACGAUUCGGGCGUGGGGGACUUGGAGGAGGAUGGUCGGUGUCCCUGCCCGCUACCGGGGGAUGAACGGUCACCGCCGCCGCCCUCCGCGCUGCCGCCGCUUCAACACAGCCUGUUGCACUCCUCGCCUGGGUCGUUACGGGCCCCUCCUCCUCCUCCUGCCGCCCCCGCCGCCCUCCACCCUUCCUCCCGCCACGGCAGCCAGCUCAACCUCGGCGACCACCCAGCGGGCUCUGGGGUGACGAGUGGCAAACACCGGCAGCCCAGCCCUUUGGUCCAUCGGCGGGACAGCAACCCCUUCACCGAGAUUGCCAUGAGCUCCUGCAAGUACAGCGGAGGAGUGAUGAAGCCCCUCAGUCGACUCAGCGCAUCCCGACGGAACCUUAUCGAGGCUGAGCCAGAGGCACAGCCCUUGCAGCUCUUCGGUGCUGGUGGACCUCCUGAGAUCGUUGUCUCUCGUGAGGACAACCAUGCGCCCACCACCCACCGUCCCACCCGCCUGCCCGCCCGCCCGGCCCCCACCACCUUUGCCAAGGGGCCCAAGCGCAAGGCACAAAACAUCGGCUACCGACUCGGGCACCGCCGAGCGCUCUUCGAGAAGAGGAAGCGCCUCAGUGACUACGCGCUCAUUUUCGGCAUGUUCGGCAUUGUUGUCAUGGUCAUCGAGACUGAGCUCUCCUGGGGCCUCUACUCCAAGAGAGGGGAAGGCAUCGGCACCCGCAGCAGCACCCAUGGGCGUCAGAGGGACGGCACUGCCAAGGGGGCUGGGGGGCAGCCAGCGGGGGUCCGUUCACCACAGUGCCACCGGUGGAGGGGAAGGAGCAAGGACUCCAUGUUCUCCCUGGCCCUGAAAUGCCUUAUUAGCCUCUCCACCGUGAUCCUGCUGGGCCUCAUCAUUGCCUACCACACACGGGAGGUGCAGCUCUUUGUGAUCGACAAUGGAGCUGACGACUGGCGGAUAGCGAUGACCUAUGAGCGCAUCCUCUACAUCAGCCUGGAGAUGCUGGUUUGUGCCAUACACCCCAUCCCUGGGGAGUACAAAUUUUUCUGGACAGCCCGCCUGGCUUUCUCCUACACACCUUCUCGGGCAGAGGCAGAUGUGGACAUCAUCCUGUCCAUCCCCAUGUUCCUGCGCCUCUACCUGAUCGCUCGAGUGAUGCUGCUGCACAGCAAGCUCUUCACCGACGCAUCCUCACGCAGCAUCGGGGCCCUCAACAAGAUCAACUUCAAUACCCGCUUCGUCAUGAAGACACUCAUGACCAUAUGCCCCGGGACGGUGCUGCUGGUCUUCAGCAUUUCCCUUUGGAUCAUCGCUGCAUGGACAGUCCGUGUGUGCGAGAGGUACCAUGACCAGCAGGAUGUAACCAGCAACUUCCUGGGUGCCAUGUGGCUCAUCUCCAUCACUUUCCUCUCCAUCGGCUAUGGUGACAUGGUCCCGCACACCUACUGUGGGAAGGGAGUCUGCCUCCUCACUGGCAUCAUGGGUGCUGGCUGCACGGCACUGGUGGUGGCUGUGGUGGCCAGGAAGCUGGAGCUCACCAAAGCUGAGAAACAUGUCCACAACUUCAUGAUGGACACACAGCUGACGAAGCGGAUCAAGAACGCGGCAGCCAACGUCCUGCGGGAAACGUGGCUCAUCUACAAGCAUACCAAGCUGCUGAAGAAGAUUGACCAUGCCAAAGUCAGGAAGCACCAGAGGAAGUUCCUACAAGCCAUUCACCAGUUGCGGAGUGUGAAGAUGGAGCAGAGGAAGCUGAGUGACCAAGCCAACACCCUUGUCGACCUCUCAAAGAUGCAGAACGUGAUGUAUGACCUCAUCACCGAGCUCAACGACCGCAGCGAGGACCUGGAGAAGCAGAUCAGUGGCCUGGAAUCCAAGCUGGAGCAGCUCAGUGCCAGCUUCAACUCCCUGCCACUGCUGAUGGCUGACAUGCUGCGACAGCAGCAGCAGCGCCUGCUCACUGCCGUCCUGGAGGCGCGGGGGGUUGGAGUGCCAGUGGGCACCCCCCAAACGCCUCUCUCUGAGAGCCCCAUUGGGGUUAGCUCCACCUCCUUCCCCACCCCUUACACAAGCUCAAGCAGCUGCUAAAAUGCAGCCCCUCAACCCCCUGUGGACAGGGGAAGCAAUUUCCAUACAGGUCACGAGGUCUCCGUGAACUCUCUUCUGGUCCUUGAACCGCUGCAGGACCCUUCAGCCGGAGCCGGUGGGACCAGCAGUGCCGAGCAAUGCUUGGAGCUUUGCCAACGCCUUGGUAUCGGGAAUCGCAUCCCUGUUCAGGUGCCUCUACACGUGGUGAAGGAAAGGGGACAGGAGGUGACGCCUCGGGCCAGCCCAUGCUGUGGCGUCUGGUGGCAGACAGAAAACCCACGCUCAAUCUCAGGUCUUCACAUUUGAAAACAAAACAAAACAUCAAGUCAGAAGCACUGAAGCAACGGAGACACCAGAGGGAGAGUUUUUCUCUGUGGGGCACUCCCCUCUCACCACCGCCAAGCCCCACCAGGCGGAUGCCAAUGUAGGGAUUCCUUACACAGGCUCUGGCCAAUGCUGCCCACGCUCCAUCCCAUAUCCUUGCCAGGACCCACAAGAACCCCCCCCCCUCACAUUGCCAGCUGGGUGACGGUUCCUGGCUGUAACCUGCCUGGGGGGGUUCUCUGGAGCUCUGAGUGUUUUCUGUCCGGGGAAGAACAAGGGACAUUUCUUUCUGGUCCUGAGUGUUUUAUCCUGUCUGGAGACAUGUGCCAGAGCCGGGACAGCAGUGCCUACAGCGUGCAGGGCCACGCAGGGCUGCCCCUGGCCAACGCACCGGUGGCCAGUGAUGGGGCUGGCGGGCCAGCCCUGGCGCCAGAGAGUCUUCAGGUGCUCACAUCACUGCCUUCUGGGAGUCCCCCAACACUUUGAGAAGGCAGUGGGUUCUUUGAGGCAGCCUCAGAAGUACUGGAUGGAACACUCCAUCAGCUCCAACCAUCUCCACUUGUACCAGGAACAUCCACACUCGAGCCCAGCUGGCAGUGUCAAAUCCACUGGGGCCAAGCGGGACCUCACUGGCAAGUGAUGUGGUAGCCAGGGUGGGUGCUUCAUCUGUUUAAAACAAAGCCCAUCGCCUUCAUGCCACUUCUGCUGGGUUUGGUGGGGAGCAGCAGCACCCUCUGGAACCAUCUCGGCAAUGGCACUGCCACCCAUGCCUGACAAAGUGCAGCCCCUCAGGCUCCAUUUUACUUUUUUGCUGGUGUUCAGCUUCCUGAGGUACCCUGGGCAUCAUUUGGCUGCUUCUGGAACCAGCUACUUUCAGUUCUUCUUUCACCUUUUCUCCCUUUUUCCUCCUCAGUUCUGCUUUCCUGAGUCCAUGCAUGGAGCCCUGCAGGGCUCUGACUCUGGGGCUGGUGUUUGCUGCUUUCCAUGAAAACUCAGCAGAGAAUAUUUAUAUGUUUUUAAACAGAUGAAGGAACCGCGUAAUUACUCUGUGCUAUUAAUUACACCUCACCCAGCAGUGUCAGUAAUUGUAAUCAAAGUCACUGUGUUACUCCAGGUAUACUCAGCCUGUAAUGUUAUUCUUUGUAACUUUUUCCCUUCCAUAAAUAACGCUGGAUUUUGUGCACAUGCAGGGGCAGAGGCACACCACCCUCUCACACCACCACCUCCCCACAGCCAAUGCCGAGGAAUUUCUUUGCUGCCGGUGGUGUGAGGUGGUUAUACUCCUUGUGCCCUGCAAUUAGAGUUGCAUAGAAAACAAGCAGUAGUUAGUGAGGAGGGCUGCCAGCCCACUGGCCCCAGGAGGAGGAGGACGAGGAGGAGGAGGAAGGCUGCAAGGCAACAGCAGGAGUUCUGUGACAUUAGCUCCCAGUGCUGCAGAGGUGUUGGUAGCAGGGGAGCAAGUAUGGUCAUCCCCAUCCUUCAUGUGGCCAUCGCUCCUGGUCCUCGGCCAGCAGGAGAUACUCGGCUUCUGAGAACUAGUUGCUCUUUCAAGCUCUUGUAAUUAGUGUAAUUGAUCUCCUAGGAUGGCUGGGAGUGCCUUGGCAGCCCCCCAAGGUCUAUUUUUAGCCCAGCUGCUUCUCCCUGUGUGCCUACGGGUGCCCCCCAGUCCACCUUGUCCAGCAGAAGCUCCUGCCCAUCUCUGUUGGGAGGUUUCCAGAGUAACAAUGGAGAAAAGGUUACAAAUUCUGCGAAAGAGCCUGAAAUGCAGCAUUUUCCCUGGCCUGCAGGCAGCCAGUGGAGAAAAAUGCUUCCUGGGCCUCAGAUAGAAGCAAACUGCCCAUGGAAUGUAGCUGUGCAUGGGGUGAGGGGCAGAAACGUGUCCUGGAGUGUCAGAGAGCCAGAGGAAGUAUAGAUACUCAAAGAUCGAUGUUGUCAGCAGGAAUCCAGGAACCUCCCUACAGGCUCAUGAUCAAGUUUGGGAAAUCCAACCAAGUGAGACAAGAGGCCUGCUGUCAGCUCGCAGGCCUUGAGGUGCUAGAGGGGGGAAGGACCAUGGCAAGAGAGUUGGGAUCACAACUGGAGCAAGAGACCCUUGUCCUGGAGCAGAGCUGCUGCUGUUGCAGGAUUUUGACAGGGCUGGGGAGGUGGAUCCCUGCACACCCCACACCCUGCAUCCCCUGGCCUCAUGUCAGCACAACCUGCACCCCAGUGACCCUUCUGCCUGGGGCCUGGCAGCCCUGGGUCUGCACCCUAUGCCCUGCAUCUUGCAUCCUACCCACCCCUGCACCCCCAUCCCACACUCACACACCCCCACCCCACCCCCUGCAUCCUGCACAGACCUGUAUCCCCAUCCCACCAACCCCUGCAUUCCCCAUCCCACACCCCUGAACUCCCAUCCCAACCCCCAGAGACUCCAUCCCACCCCUUGCAGCCCAUGCACCCUGCAGCCCCCACCCUGCACCCCUGUAUUUCACCCACACCCGUGCCAGUGCCUCAACACUGGUGCCAGUAGCCCUGACCCAUUGCCGUUGGCACUGGAUUCCACCAAGGCCAACACUGAGACUAACUGCCAUCCAGCCCUGCUGCCGGGACUGCAGGCCACGGGGAGGGCAGGCACAGAGGAAGCCAUCAGUGCAAUCCAGCCCAGGGUGCCCACCCAGAGCCACCCUGCUCCCUGCCAGCAGCUCUCGGUCACCAGCAGCCUCAGCUGGCAGGGCUCCAGUGCCUGGCUCCAGUAAAUGCUCCCCAGCUGGUGCUGUCUGCACACCUGAGAUCAUCCCUUUGGAUGCCCCAAAUGGCAUUGGAGCAAACAGAGAGAAGAGCUGGGAUCAGUGACUAAGGUGGAGGAAAAGCACAAGAGCAAAGCUGCAAGUUCUAAUCACAAAGAGAUGCCAACCUCCUGCAGAUGGGAAGCAUCCGACCCCACGCUCCAAAAGGGGCCAAUCCCUGACGCCCCUCCAGGACCCACCUAACCCAGCCAGUCCCAUUUUUGGCACAGCCUUGGGGUUUUUUUUAGCUCCACGACUCUCCUUCCUGCGCCGCCUGCAAGGAAACAUCCUAGAAAUACCAGAAAAAUUCUAUGUCCCCUCUGCAAACUCAUGGACGGUUCUGUCCAGACUUAAGGAGCUUUGACCUGGGUUUGCAACUUGCCUCUGUACUGCUCGCUUCUUUUUUAAUGAUAGGGGAAAGCAUAAUAGUUUAUUUUAACUAUGAAAUAUAUUGCUAUAUUAUAAUGGUUAUGGUAACUUUCAAUUAUGCUUUUGUACCCAACACAGUUGUCGGCAGGCAGCGAUGCCAGGCUGCUGCCAAAAAUGUCUGUUUCUGAGUACAGCUGCUGCUGCUGGUGAGGAUGGAGGACAAGGGGCAGGGAGGGGCAUGGAACCCCAGUCGUUAUCCUUCAUCCCCCAGGUGUUCAUUCCCAUUACCUGGAAGCUAACCUCUAGCAGAUCUGGAUCCGUGUAGCCCACUGGCACCAGAGCUUUGCUUCUCCCUAGGAAAAGGUCUGACACCCUUUUCUCCCUGGAAAGCCAUCCCCAACAGGUUGUCUCCUCCAACUGAAGGAGUGACUUGGCUCCCUGGGGAGCUGUGCAAGAGUCAAACCUCCCCCUUUCCUCCAGAAUGGAGGCUCUUGAGGAAACAGUGGUGCAAAGCGUGCUGCUUCCCUCCUCUAGCCAGGCUCUUGGCACAUUUCCAUAGAAUCAUGAAAUCGUUAAGGUUGGAAAAGUCCCCUAAGAUCGUUGAAUUCAAUUGUUAACCCAGUACUGCCAAGGCCACCACUAACACAUGUCCCCAAGUGCCACAUCCACCCAUCUUCUAAACCCCUCCAGGAAUGGGGACUCCACCACUGCCAUGGGCAGCCUGUGCCAGGGCCUGACCUCCCUUACAGGGAAGAAAUUUUCCCAAUAUCCAACCUAAACCCAGUACAACUUAGUGCCAUUCCUCUUGUCCCAGUCUCUUCUUCCACAUAACAAGUGGACAUGUCCAGUUCAGGCUUCACUCCCUGCCCUGGAGAGCUGCACCUUUUGCUCAGUCUCAAGUUGUGAUGGCUAGGAAGAUGAAACCUUGAGCAUGAAAGAGAAAUGCAACAAGGUUGCAAGGACUGCUCCAUCUCAGCCUUCCAGCUGGGAACAGGCUGUCCUGAGUUGUGGCUGUCCCAUCCCAUAGAAGUGUUCAAGUCCAGGUUGGACAGGGUUUGGAGCAACCUGGUCUAGUGGAAGGUGUCCCUGCCCAUGGUGGGGGCGUGGAACGAGAUGAGCUUUAACUUUCUUCCAACCCAAACUGUUCUGUGAUUCCGUGAUUCUGUGAUUCUAUGGACAGCUCGAGCCUCAGAGAGCACCUCUUCCUUACCUCUAGCCCCUGAGCUGCUGGACCUGAUCCCCAUUGGAUCGUAAGUCUUAAACUGUUCUUUGGCAGCCCCAACACUUCUUCACGGCCAGUCUUCACAUAUGGAACAUGACAUGUCCAGGAAUGAGCAGCACCUAUAGGAUCAAUUCCUUUUGCUUUUGUCCAGAGAAAGCCUAAAAGCCCCUUCACUGGCCCUUCCCAAUCAGAGCUGCAGUCACUGCCAUGCUGUCACCGUUAUCACUGUCACAGCUGUGCUGGCCUGAUCCUCCCAGGCCAGUCAAACCCAGUAGGGCCCUAGCAGCAAUGAGCUGCCUUGAGUUCUGGAGGCUCCCUGCUGGACCCCAGAACUGAAAUCUCCCCACAGAAACCAGCUCUGAUGGAGGAGAGGGGCUGGUUCCUCUAGGAGGCCAGGGCUAAGCCUCCACCGCUGCCAGCUGAGUCUAGGGGUGCCAGGGCAUUUCUGGAGUUCUUGGCCCUCUGCACUGCUCUCCCUUGGGCUUCUCCGGCCCAGCAUCUCCCUGCCAGCUCAGAGCCCUGUGCCAUGGCCACCAAGUAUGUUUGCUGGGGGGGAGGAGAUUCCUCAGGAGCUUGAGAAGGGGAAGAUGCUGCUGCUAGGCUCUACACUGGUCCCAGCUUCUCCUCGCUUGACUCCAGGCUCCCUCCUGAAAGGUAUCCAAAGGCCUGAAGGCUAUAGAGAGGGGCUUUUGCAGGAGAGAGAAAAAACUUCUCCGUGGCAUUAUUUAUUUUCCUGUGGGAUGAGCCACCUCAGAGCCCUGUGGGGCACUAGGCAGGGCUCCAGAACCACCUGCCUGGUGGGUGCUCUUGGCCAGGGGCUCUGGUGCUCCAGGUGCUGCAAACUGUGCACCCAGCUCUGCUCCUUCUUCUGCCCAAAGUGUUCUUCCCCCUGCUGGGGUCUCGGCGCUGCUGACACGCCUUCCAGCGGGAGCUGCUUGCGUGUCUCUGUGGUCAGGAUCUGGCCCUGGGCUCACGUCCCUCCUUCAGUGCCAGUCUCUUGGCUAGGGGUCAGGAGCGAGGACUGGCCUAUGUGACAACAGCCUAUCCCCAUAGCAUUGCCAUAAACCUGAGCUGUACCCAGAAACAGGCAUGUUUUAAACUAUGGCUUUAACCUGUUCACUGUAAAAAGUGCCUUGGACUUUAAUCUGAAGAGGUCAGUAACUAUAAGUAUUUACCUGUGCGGGUGUGUAAGGAUGCAGUUCUCUGUGCAGAGUUACACACACAAAUAUAUGAUCUAUACGUA